ACUUCCAACGUGUAAUCGUCGGCGCGCCGAAACCGUUAGUAACGAUAAUAAUAAUAACAACAACGACGAAGACGACGACGAUAUUAUGCCAACGACACAAUUUUACCGAUGACACCGUUGUGAUUGAUCCGCGCCGCGAACGAGACUUUUGACUUUUGAGCGUACAGAGAUAAUCGUCCAUAGCACCCGUCGCAGUCCGGUCGUGAGCGCGUACCCAAAGGCUUGUCGUCUGACCGACGAACGCUACAGCUGUGUUUUUCGGUAACGUCAUGUCGCCGCAGUCUCGUCUGCCACUGUCGGUGGUAUCCGCCGUGUUCGUCUUGUUGUCGGGCCAUGUCGACGUCGGCAGCUGCGACCAGAUCGUGUCCCGGUUCGAGUACAAGUACAGUUUCAAACCUCCGUAUUUGGCGCAAAAGGACGGAUCCGUGCCGUUCUGGGAGUACGGCGGAAAUGCUAUUGCCAGUGCAGAUAAUGUUCGAAUUGCGCCGUCUUUAAAAAGUCAAAAAGGUGCAAUUUGGACAAAAAGUCAAACAAAGUUUGAUUGGUGGACAGUUGAAAUUAAUUUUAGAGUCAGCGGAAGAGGUAGAAUUGGUGCUGAUGGCCUGGCAUUUUGGUACACAACUUCUAAAGGUGAUUAUAAUGGUCCAGUAUUUGGUAGCUCUGACAAAUGGGUUGGAUUAGGAGUAUUUUUUGAUUCUUUCGACAAUGAUGGCAAACACAAUAAUCCAUAUAUUAUGGGAGUAGUAAAUGAUGGAACACAAGUUUUUGACCAUGCAAAUGAUGGUUCUACUCAACAGUUAUCUGGAUGUUUGAGAGAUUUUAGAAAUAAACCUUAUGCGACAAGAGCUAAAAUUGAAUAUUAUAUGAACACAUUAACAAUAUUUUUCCAUAGUGGCAAUACUAAUAACGAAAAGGACUUUGAAAUUUGCUUCCGAAGUGAAAAUGUUUUUCUACCUAAGAAUGGUUAUUUUGGUGUGUCUGCUGCUACUGGAGGUCUUGCAGAUGAUCAUGAUGUUCAUCAUUUUUUGACAUAUAGUGUUUAUCCACCGGGAACAACAUUUAAAUCAGCUAGUACAUCUCAGCAGACAUCAGAUGAAGAAAAUAAAUUAACCAGAGAGUAUGCAGAUUACCAACGUAAAUUAGAUCAAGAAAAAGAAGAUUAUCAUAAGCAGCAUCCAGAAACUAAAACUAGAGAAGAUAACGAGUUUGAAGAUUGGUAUGAAACAGAUAGUCAAAGAGAAUUAAAUCAGAUAUUCUCUGGUCAAAGUCAGAUUGCAGAUUCUGUAAAAGUAUUAAGCCAAAAACUAGAUGAAGUAGUCGGUCGUCAGGAACGAACACUCAGUUUGUUAUCUACUGUUCAAUCAACUAUGGCGGUUGUUGGAUCAUUGGGUGGUGUACAAGGACAACCUAAUGUACAAAUUCCACAAGGAAAUGCAGGAAUGGGAAGACAAGAUGUUGAUGUAUUGAUAAACAACCAAAAUGGUAUCAUCAACUCUGUGAGAGAAGUUAGGAACUUAAUGGCAGAAGUAUAUUCAAAGACUGAAAACAUAAUUAAAAACCAAGCUCAUCAACCAACAGCUCAAGUUCAACCAUUAGGCUAUGACCAAGCAUCAAUAAUGCAUGAAAUCAGAGACUCAUUGAAUACAAUCAAACGGGAAUCUGCACAGAAAGCUGGGUAUUCACAACAAUUAUCAUGUCCUACUUGUGCAACCAAUACAAUUGUUUUGGUUGCUGCAGUGAGCCAAACAUUAUUAUUUAUUGUCUACACUAUUUAUAAGAACAGUAAAGAAUCACAAGCUAAAAAAUUCUAUUGAACCUUGGAAAUAAGAGCAGAAAUAAAUAAAUAAUACUAUGUAUAUAAUUAGGAGAUUUCAUUA